ACUCCCACCUUCUUUUCUCAUCCCACCUCACUCUACACUUGCCAAUUCAAGACACAACAACACCAAGAGUGUUGAAUUACAAAAGAGAGAGGGACAAAAACCAAAACCAAAACCAAAUUCAAAACAAAAAAUCACUUUUGCAAUUAAACCCAAAAAAAACCAAACAAUGCCUUCUUCAUCUCCAACCUUGGUCUCAAAAUGUACCAUAACCCCAGACCAAAAAUCCAACAUAGCAAACCUUAAACUCUCUGUUUCAGACCUACCUAUGUUGUCUUGUCACUACAUCCAAAAAGGUUGUCUCUUCACAAAACCUUCAAACAUUCCUUUCCAUAUUUUAAUCCCUCUCCUAAAAAACUCUCUCUCCCGCACUCUCUCCCUCUUUCCACCUCUCGCCGGUCGUUUAACCACCGACUCUGAGGGCUAUGUUUACCUGACUUGCAACGACGCCGGCGUCGAUUUCAUCACUGCAACUUCCACCUCACUUUACAUCACUGACCUCUUAUCAACAACCGAUGUUCAUGAAUCAUUCAAAGAGUUUUUCACUUUUGACCGGAAAGUCAGUUACACCGGUCAUUUCUCUCCGAUCAUGGCCGUUCAAGUAACUGAACUCGCUGACGGAAUUUUUAUCGGCAUCGCCGUUAACCACGCCGUCACUGACGGUACUUCCUUCUGGAAUUUCUUCAAUACAUUCGCUCAAAUCUGCAGAGGAGCAAACAAAUGUAUACGAAAUUCACCAAGCUUCCGGAGAAAUUCUGUUUUAAUCUCCGACGCUGUUCUCCGGUUACCGGCAGAAGGUCCUGCUGUGACAUUCAACGCUAAUGCCCCGAUUCGAGAAAGAAUUUUCAGCUUCAGUCGCGAAGCAAUUCAGAAACUGAAAGCAAGAGCUAACAACAAACCGUGUCCGGCAAAGUACAACACUAUUGAAUUGAUGCAGAAACACAUGAACGAUCACUACAACAACAACAACAAAGAAAAUGGGAAAGUGACGACGUUAAUUGAGAACUGGUUUAAGAAUAAUGCUAAACCAGUUAACGGGACAGAAGUUGCUGAAACAGAUACAGAAACGGUUGAGAUUUCAUCGUUUCAAUCUCUAUCCGCGUUGUUAUGGCGUGCAAUCACGCGCGCUAGGAAAUUUCAUCCAUCCAAAACGACGACGUUUAGAAUGGCGGUUAAUUGUAGACACCGUAUAGAACCGAAGCUAGAAGCGUUUUAUUUUGGAAACGCGAUUCAGAGUGUUCCAACUUAUGCUUCUGCGGGAGAUGUAAUGUCUAGGGAUAUACGGUGGUGUGCGAUGCAGCUGAAUAAAAACGUGAAGGCACAUGAUAAUGGUAUGGUGAGGAGGUUUGUAGAGGAUUGGGAGAAUAAUCCUAGGUGUUUUCCUUUGGGGAAUAGUGAUGGUGGUUCUAUAACUAUGGGUAGUUCUCCUAGGUUUCCGAUGUAUGACAAUGAUUUUGGUUGGGGGAAACCCUUGGUGGUUAGGAGUGGGAAAGCGAAUAAAUUUGACGGUAAGAUUUCGGCGUUUCCAGGGAGAGAUGGAAGUGGGACGGUUGAUUUGGAGGUUGUAUUGGCGCCAGAAACUAUGGCGGCUCUUGAAUUAGAUACCGAGUUUAUGACUUAUGCGACGAGGCAGUUAUAACACGUGUUGUGUUUUGGUGGGUACAACUUAACUACUGAUGGUGUCAUUGUGGUCUUGGUUGGUUCUAAUGUGUGUUGAGUUCUUGAGACUGUGGGGUCUAUUGUGACAUAUUGUUAAUUAAUUUUAGUGUUUUGAUGUGCUUUUGAUUUUAAUUGAGUUGUUGUAAGUUGUUGUUGUUAAUGUAUCAACUUGACAGUUAAUAUCCUCUUUUCUUUUGUUUCAA